AUGCUGUUUCUGCAGAGCUGGGCACCGAUCUUUUGGGCGAUGCCUUGGAACCUACGGAGAGCGGGCAUGGCCCCAAGGCAGACAAGACAGAGGAGCGUGGGGGUGGUACACGCUGAUGGAUAUGUAGUGCUCUUGAUGUUCUUUGGCUGCUUGAUCAUAGGUGCUUCGUUGAUGCUUUUGCUGGAUCGGUUUGCACCGGCUGUGCCCUACACCGUUGCCAUGUUCUUGGUUGGUGUUGCCUUUGCAUGCUGGCACUGGUCUCGCACCCCUACUUCCACCAUCAGCUGGCAUACAUGGUUCAGAUCUGUGGAGAAGUGGGAAAGUAUCAAUCCGCAUUUGCUUUUCUACAGCUUUUUGCCUCCUUUGAUUUUCAGCGAGGCCAUGAAGCUCAACGUGCGCUUGGUACAGAAGUGUUUUGCACAGGUGUUCCUCCUUGCAUGUCCUGGGGUCCUAUUGGGCACUACAUUGGUAGCUACUGUGGCGAGGUUCCUGCUACCGUACGACUGGUCUUGGGCAGUCUCCUUGACCUUUGGUGCAGUAUUGUCUGCCACCGAUCCCGUCGCAGUUGUCGCGCUCUUCUCUACGCUUGGAGUGUCACCCAAGUUGACAAUGCUUCGGAGUGUUCAUCACACAAUUGGUGAGUGA